AUGACUGUCCUUUGGGAGAAUAUAACCACCCCGGAAGUGAAUCCCAGCCACUCCAUAGUGAAAAUGACCUUUCUAAACCUGGCUGUUCCCAUUUUUAUCUUGGUGUCCUUACUGGUGGGGACCGUUUCCAACGGGUUCUUCCUCUGGGUGUUGAGGGUGAAGAUGAAGAGGACGGUGAAUACCCUCUGGUUUUCACAUUUGAUUCUCACCUACCUGCUUUUCUGCAUCUUCCUGCCUUUCUUUGCCAUCUACAUCCUUUUCGGUUUCCACUGGGUCUUCGGCAUAUUGAUGUGCAAGCUUACCAACUGCUUCAUUUCUCUGGCAUUAUUCACCACGGUCUUCCUCCUCACCCUCAUCAGCUUGGAUCGCUACCUCCUCAUCUGCCACCCUGUCUGGUCUCAUCACAACCGCACCAUUCCCCGGGCCCAGAGACUGGUCGCAGGAGUGUGGCUCGCUUCCCUUGCCCUCAGCGCUCCCUACCUGGCUUUCCGGGAGACUCGAGAGGAGAAGGGCAGGAUCACGUGUGAGAAUAAUUAUGCUUUCUCCAAUGACUGGAACUCUGAGGAAAUGCAGGCUGUGAGGCAUCGCGUGCAGCUGGCCUUCACGGUGGUCCGGUUCCUGCUGGGCUUCCUCCUUCCUUUCUGUAUCAUUACGGGCUGCUAUUGUGGGAUAGGUCGUGAAAUGAAGAAGAAAAAGCUAGUCAGGAGGACUGAAAAGCCCUUUCGAAUCCUGGUGGCCGCUGUGACGUCCUUCUUUGUCUUCUGGCUCCCUUACCACCUCUUCCGAGCUUCGCUACUUUUUACAAACUUGCCUACAGGAGUACUUCUGACGCUGAAGAUAAUUACCAUCGUCGGAGGCUGUUUCAAUUUCUGUUUCACCCCCAUUCUUUAUCUCUUUGUUGGGGAGAAGUUCCAGCAGGUCUUCAAGACGUCCAUUCUGACUUUGCUUAUGAGAGGCUUUACGGAUAUUCCCAUCAUUCUUUCGGACAGUACCAAAGCCGAUGGGGAGGGCCACCGGACAUAUAGCAGGACGAUGACUCAAUGCAGUGAGCCGACAUCCCUCUGA